UAGAAUAAUAAUAUUUAGAACAAGUUUGCAAUUGUAUUAUAAUAUUUAUUAUAGAGCAUAUUGUUUGUAAACUAGAAGGUAGACAGUUACGUUAAAAAUAAAUUCUACAUCAAUGAUGCAUUACGUUAGUACACUUUCACUCUUGUAUUAAAUAGAGCAUAUUAUCCGAAAAAAAACGUGAAAUGCAGAGACCAUAAUUUCUCCUAUUCAAUACAUCCUCCUCUUCAGUAGUUUACCAUUCACUCUAUAAGACAACAACGGAUUGCAAGUUUAAAGUUAUAUUAUUAGAUACAACAAUGCGGAUAAAAUAUAAUUUUAAUUUACUUUUUAUACAAAUGGCAACGAUACUACUUUUCGUAAAUUUUGUCGCAGCCCAUUUAUUGGAAAAACUUACAGAAAUGACUUUGACAGAAGGGACCUCAAAACAGGAAAGAGCAUCAGAUAUUUUGUCGAUGGGACAAUAUUUUCAAGAUAUAUUUUCGGAACAUUUGGCACCUCUUAAACUUGAAUUUGGUUAUGUCUGUGAGAAUCCUAUUGAAUGGGAACAAAGAUUUGAACGAAAAGAUUUUGACAACAACCGUUUUAGCGGCAAGGUGAAAUGGGGUAACAAAAAUGGAGAGUACGGCGAACAGUAUUGGGACUUGAAUCAUUAACUUUAGUAACAACUAG